AUGACUACCUUAGCAAUCAAUCGAAGAACCCCUUCGAUGGCUAUGCUCAGUAACCUUGAUACACCUGUACUUCCACCUUCCCCUGCACCUUUGAAGCCAGUCAGUACGAAUAACUCUGCGGCUACAAACGCUGCAGCUCCCCAAUCAUCCACCUCGCCUCUAACAGCUUCAGGCACAGGUUCCUUAUAUCAUCUAUGCCGUUCAGUUUUAGACAGAUUGGCCUGCGUAGAAGGCAUGACUGAACAUCUCGAAGCCUACGAUAAAACCAGCAGCACCUCAUCAGAUCCGCUUACCAAAUUAACAUCCAUUUGUCAACAAGGCUUUCCUUUGUGCACUUUGUAUAAUGCCCUAAAGCCUGCCCAAUUGCUCAGUAUUAACGCGGAUCCUAAUUUGAAUGCGCGCAAUUCUUGCAAAGCCAGUGUAUAUCAUUUUAUUGUUGCUUGCAGAAAGAACUUGUUAUUCGCUGAAGAGGAUAUGUUUACUAUUUCCGAUCUUUACCAAGAUGAUACAAAUGGAUUUGUCAAAGUUGUAAAUACAAUCAACAAGCUAUUACAAAUUUUGGAAUAUCGCGGCAUUAUCACUGUUCGACCAUUGAACAGAUACUCUGACAAUCCUGACCUAAGCAAUACAGCAUCACCUAAGAAUACACGCGACAAAGUUGUCUUGGAAUUGUUAGAAACAGAACGAAAAUAUGUACAGGACAUGGAAAUUCUCCAGAAUUAUAUGCGCGAACUACAGCUCCAAAAGGUCGUCUCUCCUGAUACAAUACAUUACUUAUUCGGUAAUUUGAAUGCUUUGGUCGAUUUCCAACGCCGAUUCUUGAUUCAACUUGAAGAAAUAGCCGAAAAAGCACCAGAAGAGCAACGUAUCGGGCAUCUUUUUAUUCAACUUGAAGACGCCUUCUCUGUUUAUGAGCCUUAUUGCGCUAAUUAUUAUUCUGCUCAAGAUCUUGUUGUCCAAGAGACGCCACGAUUGCAAAAGUUGGCAGACAUCUUGAAUCCCACCUAUGAACUUCCCUCUUUACUUAUCAAACCCGUUCAACGUAUAUGUAAAUAUCCCCUUCUAUUACAAGAGCUGAUGAAAAGUACAGACAAAAACUGGUCCUACUUUUAUGAAACCGAACAAAGUGUCGAUGCCAUCAAACGAGUUACUGAGAAGGUGAAUGAGACUCAACGUCAACACGAAAAUGUGCAAGCUGUGCAAGAUCUGAAAAAGCGGCUAUUAGAUGAUACCAAAGAAGAACUCAUCGAUGGUUAUGGCAGCCUUAUGCUUCAAGACAAACUUUCGGUUAUCAGUAAUGCAAACGAGUCAAGCGAGCGUGAAUUACACGUUUUUCUCUUUGAAAAGGCACUUUUGUUCUGCAAGGAAUCCAAAGGAAGUAACCUGUUGCCCAAAUCAAACACUUUGUCUAUCACCAAGAAAAAACGCCGCGGUAGCUUGGUCCCUAAAAUCAUUAUUCAAGCCUCUUCUUUGAGCUCUAACAUGUCUAGCGAAUUCAAGAAUAAUGUAUGGUACUUAAACAUUGACCUACAAAGCUGUGAAUUUACCCAUUUAUCCAUCAAAUAUCGAAAUGAGGAACAACUCAAAUUAUGGGAAUCUGGUUUACAAAGAGCGAUCAAGAAGGCCGAAGCAGCAACAGUCGAACAGUUCGCGUCGGUCACUAACGACUUGUCUGCUUACACUGAUGGUGAAGAUGAAGAAGAAGAAGAUAGCGAGGAAGCUCAAUUAUUCUUUGAUGACGAAGAAGAUGACUACUUACGACAGCAACAAAAGCUUACAGCAUCUUCUCGGCCUCUCUACAGAAAGCUCAGUCAAAGCAACGAUCCAACCAUUGGCCGUCCUUAUCAAAACGUGCCAGGCAUGAACUUGUCACCUUUACCUCGCUCUCCGUCUCAUAUCGCAAGCAACACCUUAUCCUUGCCACCUACUACUACGAUCAAUGGCAGUGCUCCUCACUUUAACUAUCCAGGCCAUUACCCCGUCUCACCUCCACCAUCAAACCCUUCAUCGCCUAUUCAUGCAGCUCGCGUUACUAGUGCCAAUACAUCUACACUCUCUUCUAUUUACAGACAGCAACCCUAUGAUAAUGAUUACGCUACAAGUGAUCAUCAUUAUAAUAAGCACUCCAUGACGAAUACAGGUCGCUCACAGUCUCACUCAGCAGUUAAACCAUCACUACCUGUAAGCCAAAAUCGCCUUCGAUCGCAAAGUAGUCCAAAUAUAAUGAAGAACAAUGGUAGCGGCAGCAAUCAUCACUAUCACAGUGGAAAUUCGAAUCAUUAUUCAAAUGUUCCACCUCCAAUGACGCCCUCUUCAUCUACUGUAACUUCUUCGUCUAUUGCAACAGCAUCUACUAAUGAAACCCUGGUCAAUAUGCGUUACCAUAACUUGGACACUAACGAGCCAAAGCCUCCGGUGCCACCUCUUGAUUUGCAUGCUUUUGAAGAUGGUGCAACCAACAGUUCAAUGAUACGUUCUAAGUGGAGCCGCUACAACAGCUCAUCUUUGCCCCCUUCACCAGGAACAAUUAAAAUCAAGCUCAAUUUCAAUGGCGGUAUUUACGUAAUUGUCACACAAAUAGACAUUACAUUUUCCGAAUUGGUAGAAAGGGUCAACAAGAAGAUCCGCCUUAUUCUGUUGAAUACAACUGACCAGAAGGAUAGUAAAAUUACCAUAACGCCCGAUACUGAGAUCAAGAUGAGAUAUCAGGAUGAAGAUGGUGAUUACAUUACACUCAGUUCGGACGAAGACAUUCAGAUGGCUUUCGAAAGCCGAAGUAUACAAAGUUCUGUCAACUUGUUUGUCAGUACUUAG